UCUCGCGGAGCUUCUGGGGGGGGGAUACUGUGGCUGCUCGUCUCGUCUGAAUGUGUUUGAGAAGCGUUACAAUUACGUCCACUUUAGAAAAUGUUUCCAAAUCUUGCCUACGAAAAUGGUCCCCGGUCCUACGUGUAGCGCUUCGAUCGUCAGAUAUUUCUCCGGACGUCUCGGCAGACUGAUGUAAACAAACGGAAGAAGACAGCGUCAACCCUUGGCCCGCUUUGCAGCGAGCCCACAGCUUGUUUCUGAGAGGAAAAGGCAGACAUAUGGAGAUGGACUUCUGGUUCAUAUAGGGGCUACCACUUAGACGUGAGCUGAACUUCAAAAUAUGAAGCCAGUGAGAUAUCAAAAGAUGUCGUCUCUGAAUGGAGGACAUAACAAGUUGAGCUUGGAUUGUCUAUUAAGUACCUCAAAAGUGAUGUAUUGCGAGAAAUGUGGAUUUGUGUCUGUGGACUCUACUGCAUUCAAGAAGCACAUGCUGGAUCAUAUGCCAACAAAAUUUUACUGCUUCUAUUGUAAUCAUGUCUCAUACAGUGAGGUGGACUUAAAGACUCACGUAGAGCAGCACGCCUCCCAAUAUCAGUUCAGAUGUCAGUACUGUGGACUGCGAUAUUUACGAUGGGAGCAGCUUCGGAAACACAUUCAGCAUAUGCAUGAGAACUCCAUCAGCCAAGGGCUCAGCGAGCCUGACAUGAUAAAAAACACCAGCGUCCCUGUCUCCAGGGACUUGCAAAGAGUGCUAAGAAAUGAUGGAACACUUGUGAGGCCAACAGUUAAGAUACGACUACCACCCACUGAUACAUCUGCAGAUAGAGUGGACAAAGACAGUGAUAAAACAGCUGACACUAAUCUGCAAAAUGUCCCCAAAGUUGAUGCAGAGCUUUUGUGCCCCCUAAAUACACCCAUUCAACAUAACAGGGCUCUAACUGUUGCAUUACCAGAGGAGGUAUCAAUCCCUGCUGGCUGCAUGGUGGAACUUCUGGAGGUGAAAACUGUCAACGGGACCAAGGAACUGAAGCUUAGACUGGUCUCUCAACAAGAAAAUGAAUCAGUCUUAAGAGAUUGUAGGAGCACAACCUCACAGAGUACCAUAGUGGGAAAACAACUCUCAAAUACAUUGAAUGGCCCAAACACAUUCAAGUCUGGGAGUCUGGGAGUGUGCAAGGUGAACAAGAAUCAGUAUGAAACUAAGCAUUUGAAUGUCCAAUACCAUGCUGUUGCUCCAACCAACAUUGUUGAAAGUGCCACAAAUCCAAUUAAAGUAUUGUGUGGAACUAAAAGAACAUUCCAGGAAAUGGAGGGUCAGAGUACCGAAUGUUCCUCACAUAUUCCAACCAAGGUUGUGAGAAAUAGCCGGAAUCCCUUGACUGAAGGAACAGCUGGGAUCCAAAUAACGGCUCAAGAAAUGUUGAUUCCGAAUGGUGCAUGUCCCACAGCUGUCCCCCCAAAGACUGCCUGUCAGCUGCCAAAUUUUCAGCAAAACAUGGGAACUUCUACAUCCAAAACACCUCUGCCAGAGACCAAGAAUUUAACUCCAGAAUGUCCUACAAGUAUUUCAGAUGGGAAGGUAUGUGACUUGAAUACCAUUCCUCAAGAGUUGCAGGUGGCUGUGAAGGAAGAACCAAGGGAAAUCAUCACUAAGAACAAAACUGCCCCAGACGUGAAGGAAGAAGCAGAGAGUCAUGAAUACUGUCCCUUAGGCCAGACUGGACACAAUGUGACAUUAGCCUCCCCUACCUUGAGUGCUGCUGUAUCUGCAAAUGCUCAACAAAUGUCUUUUUCACUCUCACAUUUUAAAGAUAAAGUCACUGGAGAUCCAUCCUUCAUGAUGCUGAGUACAGAGGAAGGAUGUGGCCCUGGAUUUAAGUCUCUGAUUGAUCUCGUGUCAACCAAACAGCUUAAUGUUGAGGGAGAAUCAAAGGCCUCUGAUUGGACCCAGUCAGGGAAAGUCCAAGUGAAAGUAUUUGACAGAAAUGUGCCAGGACCAGAGGGUUUCCCGGUUAUCUCCUCUGUUUUUUCCCUAAGUCAACAACAAGAGGAAGUCCAAGGCUCCAUUCAGCCACUUGUAAUGGCUCUGCGAGGAAUAGUGAUGAAUAAAAGUAACUCCCCUCUCAAGAUGUCCCCCGAUCGCACCGAGACAACAAAUUUUGUCAGUGGGCACAAAGAGGAGAUGCUAACAUCAGAAGACUUCACCAAGGUGAUAACAAAGACAGUUCCUUUCACCCAUGAGCAAUCUGUGACCCAGGAGACCUGUGACAUGAAAAUUGGUGAGGCAAGUAAAUGCUGUCAACAAACUCAAACGAUGAAUACCAGCUCUUUCUACAUCAAGGACGAAACAAAAAAAUUCGCUCACAACAGUCAUAACAAAUGCAAUCAAAGUGCCACCCCAAGUGCUCCAUCCCUGGAAGCUCAACAAGAGACCGUUUCCAAGAAGACUUCACCCAUGGAGGCAUAUGUCUGUGAAGGCGUCAGUGGACAGUUAGCGAACUCUGCCACAACAGAGGAUCUUGCCUCCUCCAAAUUCCUCACAGUCUGUUUAAAACGUGUUCAGGUUGGCUUGUGGAAGCAAAGCAAGAAACGACGUCGUUCCAGAAAGGUAUCCAAAUUUAAAAUGAGUGACGUUGCAGUUUUUCACCCAGCACCGCUGAAGGUUGACCAACUGGUAAAACGACCAGGCCCAAACCAACCUGUGGUAGUGCUCAAUCAUCCUAGACCCCAGCUCCUCAAAAGUGGGGCAAGGGCAGCCACUGUGGCCCCUGAGGUUGUGCCAAAGUGCCAAAUCUUGAAGAUGAAGUUGAGCAAAGUUGAGGGGAGGAAAUACCAGGUGGUUGGGUGCACUGUAAGGGACUUCUCUUGAGUUUUACCUGACAAGGUCAUAACAGACAUAAAAAGU